CUACAGGUAGAUGAGCAGGUGUGUGUGUGGACACAGGUACUAGGGCCACUGUUAGUUCAAUAUUCAUCUCAACUAACAGGAUUCACUGAUUUGAGAGGAAGAGGUCGGCCAACUGCGCCGUGACAACGAACACGGGUUGACUGGAGGAUGGCCAACUUCAAGGGACAUGCCCUUCCUGGCAGCUGCUUUCUGCUGUUAGGCCUGUGUUGGUCAGUGAUGUACCCUCUCCGACACUGCUGGAGGAGGCAUCAGCCUAAAGCAAGACAAAAACUGCCCCUGUUCUUUAACAGAAUAGACUUAAUCGAGGGGGCACUCAUGAUUUUCUUUGCCUUUGUGGGCAUCAUGGCAGAGCAGUUUGUGCCUGAUGGGCCCCAUGCCCACCUGUACAACAGAGAGACCCAGUCCUGGGUGAAGCUGAUGAACUGGCAGCACAGCACUAUGUACCUCUUCUUCAGUAUCGCUGGAGUUGUUAAAGUCUUCACUAUGUCACCGCUUCCAGUCCCACUUGGUCUUGACCGCCUUGCUCUCUCCCUGGCUUUUUUUAUUGAAGGGCUCCUGUUUUACUUCCAUGUGCACAUGCGCCCUCCUCUGGAUACCCACAUCCACUCCAUGCUGUUUGUGCCGGUGUUUGGUGGGGCGGCCAUCACCCUGUUGGAGGUGUUCAUGCGAGAUAACAUCGUACUGGAACUGCUCAGGACCAGCAUGACCAUCCUGCAAGGCUCCUGGUUCUUUCAGAUUGGAUUCGUGCUGUACCCAUUAAACGGAGUACAGUGGGAUCUGCAGGCACACGAUAACAUCAUGUUCAUCACCAUGUGCUUCUGCUGGCAUCUAGCUGUGGCCCUGCUGAUCGUUGGCAUCAACUACUGGAUGGGCUGGUGCUGUGUACAAAGAUGUUCAGGAAGAGGAAGUGACAUAGAGAUUAUGAUGAGAAAGACAUCUAGCUCCAAAAAGGCUCUGCUUGAGGAGUCAGACGAAGAGUAGACAGACGCAUCAUGAAGCGUGUCCAGUAGUAGAUCACUGUUACGGGAUUCUCCACAAUUGUUUGUUUGAAAUUUGAUUAACUGGUUUCUCUCGUUUCAAAUCAAAUCAAAAUUGUAUUAGUCACAUGCGCCGAAUACAACAGUAGACGUUACAGUGAAAUGCUUACUUACGAACCUCAACAAAGCAGGUUAAGGGGAAAAAAAAAGAAAAUACAAAUAAGAUGUUAAAAAAGAGAAGCAAUAAAACAAUAGCGAGACUAUAUACAGGGGCGUACCAGUACAAAAAUACGACAUGCCUUGUCGAGUCAAGAUUCAAGCCAAAUUCAUUUGAAAUAAAAUGCUUUACUGAGCCCGGACAAAUGUCAUGUAAUUCAAAGUAUAAAAGCUAAUAACUGAUUUUCAAAACAGGAGGUUGCUAUGGGACCAAGGAAAAUAGGUGAGAUGUAAAAGCAUUCCUUGGAGGUGAGAGAAUUUCAACAUUUCUUGUGACACAUUAACACCUGUUGUGUAUUCAUUAUGUUGUGCAAUGGAAAACCAAACAGAACAAAACGGGGAUAGGACCUACCUGAAUUUGUCCAAUAAAGAAAUAUUAUUUCUGUUGCAAUACGUGCUCAGUUUGGAGAAAACGGUUUCUGUUACGAAACCAAACAUUUUGAAAAUAGAAUCUGACUAAUGAAUACACCCGACAUUGUAACACGACAUCGACAAUGUUACCUGCUGGGGUUUCCUCUCCUCUUAAGCCAGUUGAAACAUUUGCAUACUCGUCCUUCCUAUGGCUAUACAGAACGGAGAGCUAAAGUCCUGUAGGUUUUCGCACCAGUCCAAGUUGUAACUAGUCUAAUUCAGUUGGUCAACCAGCUAAAUAUUAAAAUCAGGUGUGCUAGGUUAGGGUUGGAGAAUUUGACAGGACAGUAGCUCUCCAGGAACAAGGUUGGAGAGCCCUGCUAUAAAGCAACAUGCUUCUUUCCCUCCGGAAACAGAAUGCCUAAUGAUUAUCAGAGAUAAUAUAUUUCCAAUAAAUAUUUUUUUCCAUUCA